AUGUAUAACGCUUCAAACUCGGAAUCCCAAGCUUCUCCAGUUACUGGCCCUGAGCAUUCCAAUAGGGGCAAUCGUCGCCAUAACAACUAUCGUAGACAUCGAGGUUUUCGCCCAAAUAGGCACUCUACCCCUCAAGAACAAACUAUAAAUAAUGCUAGUCAAAACCAUAAAGUUACACCAACCGUUAUUCCAACCGUCACUGAUGUUCCUUCUAAUUCGGACGGAGAUCAAGGUUCUCAAAAUGAAAACGAAUGUUUUAUCUGCGCAGAAACCGUUCAUUAUUAUGCCGUUCCAGAAUGUAACCAUAAAUCUUGUCAUGUAUGUUCGUUGAGGUUAAGAGCAUUAUACAAAUCUAAAAAUUGCGCUUACUGUAAGACAGAACGAAUUAAGGUUAUAUAUACCCGAAAUCCCGAUAAAAAAUUCCAAGAAUUCCAGGAAGACGAUAUUCCCUUCUUUGACAAAAAAUUGAAUGUCUAUUGUGAGGAUCAAGAAAUGUUUGAUGAUAUAAUGCUCACGUUGAAAUUUAAUUGUCCAGAUAAAAAUUGUGAAAUAUCUUGUGAUGGAUGGGGAGAUUUGAGGCGACACGUUAAAAAAGAUCAUCAUCUAAAGUUAUGUGAUAUUUGUACUCAUAAUAAAAAAAUCUUCGCACAUGAACAUACUCUUUUCACUUUCAAAGGGCUUGAAAAGCAUUGUCGUGAUGGUGAUGAAGAAACGGGUUUUAGUGGACAUCCUGAGUGUCAAUUUUGUGAAACACUCUUUUAUGGUGAUGAUGAACUCUACGAUCAUUGUCGUCAUUCUCAUGAAGAAUGUUUUAUUUGCGUUAGAAAUGGUAUAAGGCAUCGUUAUUAUAUUGACUAUCAUGCAUUGGAAAAACAUUUUGGGCUGGAACAUUUUCGCUGUUUAAACCCAUUAUGCUUGGAAAAAAAAUUUAUCGUGUUUGAAUCAGAUAUUGACUUAAAAGCUCAUGAUGUAGAAGCUCAUGAAUCUAAUUUCAGUGGACAAAGAGCUAGACGUGAGGCGAGGAGAAUUGAUAUUAACAUUAACUUUGCAGAUUCAUAUUCACGCGAUAGGAGACGUCGGAUAAGUCGCGAAAGACAGGAAAGACAGUCAGAUAGACGGAUUGGCGGUGAAGUUGGCGGUGGAGUUGAUAGAAAUGCCGAAAUUGAUGAUAUGACACGUCAAACUCAGGAUCUUAAUUUAGAUUCCACUACUAGCACUACAAAUGAAAUCAAUGUUAAUGCGAGAGCAGUGAGACCACCGCCAGGUUUUGGUGUUUUGUCUCCUGAUGAAGUGACCGGACCAGAGAAUGAGUUGCCAUCAGAAAAUGAGUUGGAAAUACGUAAUAUGUUUUCUAUUUCACGGAAAGAAGAUUUCCCUGCACUGAAUGCUUCAAUGAGGGUAGCUACUAAUAAUGGCUCAGUUGCAACUAGUGGUAGUGUUAGUGGUAGUGGUAGUAGAAUUUUAGUCACGCCUAAUCCCCCUCAAGCACCAUUAUCCGAAUCUAAUAUUACUAAUAAAGUAAAAGCUAUUGCCUUUCCUCCUUUACCGUCCGCGAAUCAAUCAACUUCACCAUCAACAAGUAGUAGUACUACUAGUACUAGGGUAAAGGCUUUCUCUAGUGUCAUUGAUUCGGAACCUUUGAGUCGUGAAGUUGGUUUUUUUCAACGUGUCAAUACGUACUUAUCCGAUAAUCCUGCUAAGAUUGAUGAAUUCAAUUCAUUGACUGCAGCAUACAAUAAUUCAACCUUUGAUGCAUCAUCGUAUAUAGAAUUUUUGUUGCCUUUGUUUAAUAAAAAUACAGGCACCGUUGGAAAAGUUGUGAAAGGUUUGGUAUCUAUAUUAGAGGAUGAGAAAAAGUCGACUGAAUUAUUGAGGGCAUGGCAAGAUCAUAAAGUUAAGCGAACUGCUGAUUUCCCCGCUUUAGAACCGGUCUCCUUACACACACCUGGUGUGAUUAGUAAUUCGAGAUCACCCUCAUCACCCUCCUGGAAUAAACCGUCGGCUCGCGUAUUAGUUAUUAAAUCUUCAACUACUCGAUCUCGUGGUAUAAAAACAAAUAGCGGUACCCGUGUCUGGGACCAAAUAGCCGCUAUUGCUGAAUCAAGAAACAAGGAAGGAAAGAAUUCAACAUUCCCUUCACUCACAACAGCUGCUAGUAAUUCUGCUAAUGAUAAUAAUGUUUGGAAAGGAUCUGAACCGCAAUUUGUUCAACCACCUUCACGUAAUGAAUCUACUUCCUCAUGUACUACAGCUUUUGUUAAAGGUAGACCUACUAUAGCUGAAAAUAAUGGAUUUCCCAACUUACCAUUGACUCCAACAUCCUCUCGAUCUAAAAAUGAUGGGCAAGAAAAAAAUGUAUGGGGACAAGGUGGAGCAUUUGCAUCUAUAGUAUCUGAUAAUAAUCAAAAUGAAAAUGAUAGUGAAGAUGAUUCUUCAUAUAAUGAUAGUUCUAAAGAAGGGACCAAGAAAAAAAAGAAACAAAAAAAGACAGUUUUAUUUCAAAGCGGAAAGAGACAUGGAAGUUGA